AUGAAUCCACCAGUCAGUGUUAUUAAUCAGCUUCAUAGUAUCUUUGCUAAGUUCUAUUGGGUAAAUUCCACUGGUGCUAAACACAAGCAUUGGGUUUCAUGGGAUAAGAUGUGUUUGCACAAGAAGGAAAGGGGUUUGAGCUUCAGAUCUAUACAGGAUGUAUCAAAAGCUUUGGUGGAUUUUCAAGCUAUGAAUCCACCAGUCAGUGUUAUUAAUCAGCUUCAUAGUAUCUUUGCUAAGUUCUAUUGGGUAAACACCACUGGUGCUAUAAACAAGCAUUGGGUUUCGUGGGAUAAGAUGUGUCUGCCCAAGAAAGAAAGGGGUUUGAGCUUCAGAUAUAUACAGGAUACAUCAAAAGCUUUAAUAGCAAAGCUUAUGUGGAUUUUCAAGAUUCAUAGUAUCUUUGCUAAGUUCUAUUGGGUAAACACCACUGGUGCUAUAAACAAGCAUUGGGUUUCAUGGGAUAAGAUGUGUCUGGCCAAGAAAGAAAGGGGUUUGAGCUUCAGAUAUAUACAGGAUACAUCAAAAGCUUUAGUAGCAAAGCUUAUGUGGAUUUUCAAGUCUUUUGGAUUUUUCAAUUCUUCAAGGAGUAUCAAACAAAGAGAUCCUAUUUCUCCAACCUUAUUCAUUACUGGACCUGAAAUUUUAUCCAGAAACUUAAACAUGUUGUUUGGGAAUAAUAAUUUCAAAGGAUAUGAUUUUCCAAAAUGGAGUUCUGAAGUGAAUCAUUUAUCAUAUGCAGAUGAUACCAUCUUAUAUUUCUCAGGACAAUCUACUUCUAUGAGAAUGAUGUCCUCUAUGAAUCCACCAGUCAAUGUUAUUAAUCAGCUUCAUAGUAUCUUUGCUAAGUUCUAUUGGGUAAAUUCCACUGGUGCUAAAAACAAACAUUGGGUUUCAUGGGAUAAGAUGUGUCUGCCCAAGAAGGAACGGGGUUUGAGCAUCAGAUCUAUACAGGAUGUAUCAAAAGCUUUGGUGGAUUUUCAAGCUAUAAAUCCACCAGUCAGUGUUAUUAAUCAGCUUCACAGUAUCUUUGCUAAGUUCUAUUGGUCUUUUGGAUUUUUCAAGUCUUCAAGGGGUCUCAAACAGGGAGAUCCUAUUUCUCCAACUUUAUUCAUUACUGCUAUGAAUCCACCAGUCAGUGUUAUUAAUCAGCUUCAUAGUAUCUUUGCUAAGUUCUAUUGGGUAAAUACCAGUGGUGCUAAAAACAUAUAUUGGGUCUCAUGGGAUAAGAUGUGUCUGCUCACGAAUGAAAGGGGUUUGAGCUUCAGAUCUAUACAGGAUGUAUCAAAAGCUUUGGUAGCAAAGCUUUGGUGGAUUUUCAAGGUUCUUACUGGAAACUCAAACUUCUGGUUUGACAAUUGGACUAAGCAAGGUGCACUUUAUUACAUAGAAGGGAAUCAUGCAGAGGAAGAGGAAAUUGAGGUUAGAGAAUUCAUCAACCAAGGAAACUGGGAUAUUCCUAAGCUCAGGAGCAAAUUAUCAGAGGAGAUGAUAAAACAUAUUGUGGAAACAAUCAAACCUCCAACAGAAGGAAGAAAGGAUGAUAAACCAUGGUGGAUGGCCAACACUAAAGAAGUUUUUUAUGUUAAAUCAGUUUGGGAACUUGUGAGGAAAAGAGAUGAGCCUACACAGUGCUAUGAAUUAAUGUGGAUAAAGAGAGUUUCUUUUAAGAUAAACUUCUUUUAUUGGAGAGUAUGGAGGAGGAGAAUAUCAACUGAUGAUAAUCUGAAAAGGAUGAAAAUUACAUCUGUCUCUAGAUGUCAUAGUUGUGACACUUAUGAAGAGGAAACCAUGUGCCAUUUAUUACUAACUUCUCCCACAGCCAACAAGCUAUGGAAGCAAUUUGCUAUUUUUGCAGGUAUCAAUAUUGACAACAUGCACUUACAACAAGUAAUAAUUAAAUUCUAG